UUUUUUCUUCAGAAAACGUUGCGGUCCGACAUUCGUCUCUCUAGUCACCCUUCGCACUCGUUGGAGCUUUCGACUUUUCAAUCCACCGCACUCCCUGACCGAUCAAAAAACUUGAUACAUACACUGCAACAAUCGAAGCUCCGAUCCGUUACUGCAGAAACAUGGCUCACUGAUCCGAACCCCACCGUUUUCCCAUUUCUGAUUCCGAUUCGAUCUCGGCUCCAAUGGCAGGAGCAGCCUCUGCUCUCUUCCUACUCGACAUCAAAGGCCGCGUUCUCAUUUGGCGCGAUUACCGUGGCGAUGUCACCGCCCUCGAAGCCGAACGCUUCUUCACCAAGCUCAUAGAAAAAGAGGGUGAUCCACAGUCUCAAGAUCCGGUCGUGUAUCAUAAUGGGGUGACCUACAUGUUUAUACAACAUACCAAUGUCUACCUCAUGGCAGCAACCAGACAAAACUGCAAUGCCGCGAGCCUCUUUUUCUUCCUACAUCGUAUAGUUGAUGUGUUUAAGCAUUAUUUUGAAGAACUGGAAGAGGAAUCUCUCCGGGAUAACUUUGUUGUUGUGUAUGAACUACUUGAUGAAAUAAUGGACUUCGGAUAUCCUCAAUAUACCGAGGCAAAGAUUCUUAGUGAAUUUAUCAAGACAGAUGCUUACAGAAUGGAAGUUACACAGAGACCUCCCAUGGCUGUUACAAACGCUGUAUCUUGGCGCAGUGAAGGGAUAAACUACAAGAAAAAUGAGGUAUUCUUGGAUGUGGUGGAGAGUGUCAACAUACUUGUCAAUAGCAAUGGACAAAUAAUUAGGUCUGAUGUUGUUGGCGCAUUGAAGAUGAGAACAUAUUUGAGUGGUAUGCCUGAGUGUAAACUUGGAUUAAAUGAUAGAGUAUUAUUAGAGGCUCAAGGUAGAACGGCCAAGGGAAAAGCAAUUGACUUGGAGGACAUCAAAUUUCAUCAGUGUGUGCGCCUGGCCCGAUUUGAAAAUGAUCGAACGAUUUCCUUUAUCCCACCUGAUGGAUCGUUUGAUUUGAUGACAUAUAGGCUCAAUACACAGGUUAAGCCUUUAUUUUGGGUGGAAGCACAAGUUGAAAAGCAUUCAAAAAGCCGAAUUGAGAUUAUGGUUAAAGCUAGGAGUCAAUUUAAGGAACGUAGCACUGCCACAAAUGUUGAGAUUGAGUUGCCUGUGCCUGUUGAUUCGACCAACCCAACUGUUCGGACUUCAAUGGGAUCUGCAUCAUAUGCACCGGAAAAGGAUGCAUUAGUCUGGAAAAUAAGAUCCUUUCCUGGAGGCAAGGAGUACAUGUUAAGAGCAGAGUUUCUUCUUCCCAGUAUAACAGACGAGGAUGCAACUCCUGAGAGAAAAGCUCCUAUACGUGUGAAAUUUGAGAUACCAUAUUUUACUGUGUCUGGGAUACAGGUAAGAUAUCUGAAGAUUAUUGAGAAAAGUGGGUAUCAGUCUCUUCCAUGGGUGAGAUAUAUAACAAUGGCUGGAGAGUAUGAACUGAGGCUGAUUUGAGUUUUGUAUCCUUGUUUGGUGUUUGAAAUUCACCAAAUAAUUGUAUUAUUCAGUGAUCGGUGACUGAAAGCUGUUAUAGAUAGGGGUCUUCAGCGAAAUUAAAUAGAGUUUUUCUGGCCAACUACAACAAACUAUAAGUUGAUCAUUGUCUAGAAAGCUGGUGUCAACUGAAAUUCAUGAAUUGUGUAGGCCAGAAAUACAAUCUCUUAAGGUCAUAUCUGUCUUGAUCUGGAAAAUGUUUGGAUCUCCUUUUUUCAUAUUUUCAGGCCCGUUUGUGUA